CUCAGAGGACUCCAAGUUCAUGAAAAGGCAUUGAAGCGGAGGGUGAAAAGAGGUGUUUUAUUGAUCCAUUGAGGGCUCAGCAGAAUGAAGCAGGACAUGAUUAAGUCUGAGAUUAGUGAGGACACUACUGGUUAAAAGUGUGGGCUCUGGAGUCAGACUGCCAGGGUAUCAGAUCCAAUCACAUGCAAACAUUUUCUUAGUCUCUAUUCCCCAUAUCCUCAUUUAUGAAAAUGAGAAUAACAAUAAUACAUUCCUCCAUAGGUUGAGUACAAAGACUAUAUAAAUUGUGCAUUCAGGUGCCUAGGAUGGCCCUUGGGCCAUGGUAUAUGUUGUGUGAAUGUUAGCUUCUGUCCCUGCUGUUUAAUGAGUUCCUUGACAGUAGUGGGCAUGUACUGGGAGCCUGGAGCAAGUGCCUAAGCGUCCCCUCUAGGGACGCUUCUUUCCAGGAACUAAGAAGCGUAAAAGAAUGAUGACUGCUAGAAGGUAAUGGAUGAGAUGGCCGCUGAGUGCUUCCAACCUUAAACAUCUUUGUUUAGGAACUCUGAGCAUCUUGGAAAUAAUUUGCUAUCAAAAUGAAAAAAAAUCUUGAAUGGACAAGGGCAAAAACAGUUGCCUGAGACUUUAAACAUUUUUGUGUCAUCUUGGAGAGUGCUUUUUUGAAGCUCAACUUUUCUUUUACUUUGGCACUGAUUUUUAAAGUGAUUCUCAGAUUUUUCUAAGCGAGCUGCAAGGGUUGGAUGGGCCCUGUCAUUCAUUGACCUGUUAAGAGCCAGUUUCUGAACUUCCACUAAAGCAUGGGCUGGUUGAAUCUUAGACCAGUACUUGAAAAACUUUCCACUGUGAUUAUCCACCUUGGACCAGUUGGACUUAAUUUGAGUCUCUCUUUUUCCCACAGUGAAAUAUCCUCUAGGAAAAGAGAAGUCUAUGGAGUAGAUAAGCCUGCAGUGUGGAAAAUGAAUAGUUGGCAUCAGAACAGCAGCAGGAGGCUGGGCGUGGUGGCUCAUGCCUGUAAUCCCAGCAUUUUGGGAGGCUGAGGUGAAUGUGUAUUCCGAGGAAGGGGAUUUAAUGACCUUUGAUGCCAACCCAGAUGACAGCGUGAAAAAAAUCAAAGAACGUGUCCGGUCUAAGACCAAGGUUCCUGUGCAGGACCAGGUUCUUUUGCUGGGCUCCAAGAUCCUAAAGCCACGGAGAAGACUCUCAUCUUAUGGCAUUGACAAAGAGAAGACCAUCCACCUUACCCUGAAAGUGGUGAAGCCCAGUGAUGAGGAGCUGCCCUUGUUUCUUGUGGAGUCACGUGAUGAGGGACAGAGGCACCUCCUCCACGUGCGAAGGUCCAGCUCAGUGGCACAAGUGAAAGCAAUGAUCGAGACUAAGACGGGUGUAACCCCUAAGACCCAGAUUGUGACUUGCAAUGGAAAGAGACUGGAAGAUGGGAAGAUGAUGGCAGAUUACGGCAUCAGAAAGGGCAACUUACUCUUCCUGACAUCUUAUUGCAUUGGAGGGUGACCACCCUGGGGAUGGGGUGUUGGCAGGGGUCAAAAAGCUUAUUUCUUUUAAUCUCUUACUCAACGACCAUAUCCUUUGAUGAUUUCCCAAAAUUAAUGAGAAUGAGAUGAGUAGAGUAAGAUUUGGGUGGGAUGGGUAGGAUGAAGAAUAUUGUCCAACUGUAUGUUUCUUUGAUUCUAACACAAUUAAUUAAGUGGCAUGAUUUUUAAUAAUGUAUUACUGAGACUAGUAAAUAAUUUUUUUUUUUUUUUUUUUUUUUGAGACGGAGUCUCGCUCUCUCACCCAGGCUGGAGUGCAGUGGCGCGAUCUCGGCUCGCUGCAAGCUCUGCCUCCCGGGUUCACACCAUUCUCCUGCCUCAGCCUCUCCGAGUAGCUGGGACUACAGGCGCCCGCCACCACGCCUGGCUAAUUUUUUUGUACUUUUUAGUAGAGACGGGGUUUCACCGUGGUCUCGAUCUCCUGACCUUGUGAUCCGCCCGCCUCGGCCUCCCAAAGUGCUGGGAUUACAAGCGUGAGCCACCGCGCCCGGCCCAUAAAUAAAUUUUUAAGGCAAAAUAGAGCAUUCAAAGCCAGCUUGGAAUUUAAUUCUUUCUUGAUACCUUGUUAUUUAUGGAAAAACUCGUAUUUCCUUUAUGACAAGAGAGUAAGUUUUAGGUUGGGAUCCAUGUUCUACUGAUUUCUGUAUUUCUGUCUUUGUUAAGUCCAGUGCUUUAUUUAUAUCACUCAAUAAUGGUUGAACCAAAUUGAAUUUCUACCUAUAGAGCAUAGUGAAAUGAUUUUUUAUAAAAUGAAUUAGUUGCUCUCACAUGAUCACAAUCAAAUUACUAAACAUUUUAGAAACUAAAUUAAACUCCUUCCCCCCUCUUCUCCUUUAAAACUAUUUGUAUGAAAUGAAGUCUGGCACCAUGCCCCCUUUUAUUCUCUAUGUCCCACACCCAACUAAAAUAGUUAUUAUUUCUGGGGAUGAUGGUGGGCAAGGAAAGGUAUUUUCCACAGGGAUCUAGCGAUUCUGUUUUACUAGUGGGGAUUCCUAGGGGUAGAUGGACAUUGGGAGCGAACAAAGUUUCUAAAGCUGGGGAACUGUGGACCACCCUCUCUCCUACCUGCCUUAGGGUCUAGCAGGUCUUCUCUAGGAUGAGGGCGCCAGUCUGGGUGAGGGUGGGUGAGGAGCUGGCUUCUGGGUUGACCUCAAUAUUCUGCUCAGGUUCUGCUGAUUGAGCAUUUUCCUCUCUUCUUUUUUUCAUGAGGAGAUCCCUAUUCCUGUCUUGAGAACUUGA